UUGACCUGUAGAGAGUCGUAUUGUUUUUGUGUGGGCAUGUUUUCGUGAGAGCAGAGGACCGUUAAAGGGGUGUUUGUAGUUUAAAAGAUGCGGAGCAUUUUUCAAUUUCGGCAUUGAUCUCAUUUUCUGGUUUUGGGAAAAUCCCAGGCAUGCAGCCAGCGCGGUAAAAACAGUAUAAAAGAGAGGAGCAACACCACACAGAUCCAGGAUCUCCAGAAUAAACAGUAUUAACGCAGAUUAUUCAUCAGCCUCAAAGGACUUUGCUUCUCUUACCUGUGUACCACUGACUUGACGACAGAGUUAUCAGGAACUACCUGGUACAACCUGCUUCAGGUUACCAUGGAAGGCAGUGAAAAACGGAACGAGAAAGACCUGGAAAAGGAAAAACCAGAAGAUGUUCUUGAAGUUCUAUUACCCGACAAAAAUUUGCUUUGCAGACUUUAUCCUCACCAGCGCGAGGGAAUUUUGUUCCUUUUCAACCUAUACAAAAACGGAAAAAGCAAAGCUAAAGGAAGCAGGAAUGGCGCUAUUUUAGCAGAUGAAAUGGGCUUAGGAAAAUCUAUUCAGGUCAUCUUGUUUUUGCACGCAAUGAUCAUGAACACUCAAGAAUUCAAGAAUGCCUUGUUGAUUGUGCCUGCUGGUUUGCUGAAUGACUGGAAGGAUAAGCUGAAAAGGUGGACCCCUAACAUGAACGUUCUCAUUUACCACCACAGUGAGACAGAACGUGAAAGAAAGCUGAGGAAUUUGCAGAAGACUGGUGGCAUCAUUUUAGUCUCUUACUCAACGUUCAUUGAAAAUAACGAGACACUCACAACUUAUGAAGGCAUGCAUUUUGUCUGGGACUGCUUGAUUUGUGAUGAAGCUCACAAGCUCAAAAACCUUGACACCAAAACUCACAAAGCUGUUGCAUUAACCUCAGCUGGAUUUUGCAUUCUCAUCACUGGCACACCUAUGCAGAACAACCUAAGAGAGUUUUGGUCUUUGUUCUCCCUCAUUUUAGACACAUAUGUACUGGGAACAUACAAAACAUUCAAGAACAAAUUUGAGAAACCAAUCACAAAAGGGAUGGAAGCUGAAUCAGGGCCAGAAGAAAGGGCUCUGGGAAUGGAACUCCAAAAGACUCUGGAGAAGAUAAGAGAGCCAUUCUGGCUCAGGAGAAGAAUAGACCAAAUUCAAGGACUCAGAGGUCAUCCACUUCUAGAAAACAUACCCUCUGAUCAAGUGUUACAUCUUCCUAAGAAAAAUGAGUAUGUUAUAUGGAUCAAGCUUAGUUCUGAGCAGAAGGCUGCUUAUCGCAAGAUAACUGCUGAUUCAUCUACUCCGACAUUUGAGUCCUUCCAUCUUCUGACAGCUGUUUGUACACACCCAAAGUUAAACAGUGACAUCAAGGAACAUGAAAUGAGCGGGGUGAAUUUAGCUGAAUCCGGAAAACUGACCUUCAUGUUAGCACUGCUUGAAUGGUUCGCUACCAAUGGGAAUUUUGCCCUGGUCUUCUCUAAUUACAUAAAAAUCCUUGACAUCAUUGAGAAAUCUCUGACACAGACAUCAUGGGGGAGAAAUGCUUUUUUGAGGAUUGACGGACAGAACACUACUCAGGGUUUGAGAGACAAAAUUGUCAGAGAGUUUCAAAAAAGGGAGUCAAAAAAUAUCCUUUUGCUUACCACUAGUGUGGGUGCAGAAGGCCUGACGCUCACAGCAGCCGAUUGUGUGGUUUUUGCUGACCUCUCCUGGAAUCAGUCUCAGGAUGCACAGGCUGUGGGCCGUGCCCACAGAAUUGGUCAGACAAAGGAUGUUAAGACUUACCGUCUUAUUACCUGUGGCACAUUGGAAGAAAGGAUCUACAGAAGGCAGAAGCGCUCACUGACUAGACAGGUUGUGGGAGAUGAAAAUAAUCCUUUUCGGUUCUUCACACAAGAUGAGUUGAAAGGAAUACUGACACUGCAGGAGACUCAGUUCUCAUCUACUCAACAACAGCUUGAGAAACAAGGUGCGAAAUACCUUGACGUCACUGAGGUCUUUGGGGCAGGUCUCAAUAGUGUUGGUGCCGCAAGUGUGUGUGGGAUCUCAGAUCAUGGGCAGCUGCUCAGCGCAAGUCAAGGUGAAGAUCUUGAAGUGGCUAUGGCAAGGAUGCACAUUAAAGAGACUGCUGAAAUGUGCCAGCAGGAAAUAGAAGCAGAGUCUCAUCUUACAAGACAACAAAUUUGCAUCUAA